UUUAUGUUUCAUUGCUAUCUUAAUGCUGAUCAGAUCAUGGGCUUAAAAAAGUUUAGAAUCUUACAGGUUUAAAAUCAUACUGUUUUUUUUUUUUCUUUUGUAUUCUUUUCAACUCGAGAGUUGGGAUUUCCUUACCUAUUUAGGUGAAUUCAAAUUACAAUAAUACUUCAUUACUUAACCAUUUAACUAGAUAUGCAUGCUCUUCACUCCCUUUUUAGACAAAUAAUUCACUAUGUUGCUUCAGGUCUCAGCUAAAGACACCGAUAUGGCAAACAUGCUGUUGAACUAUGUGCCCGUCUAUGCAAUGUUACCAUUGGGGGUAGUUACGCCAGAUAACAACUUUCAGAACCAGGAUGACAUCAAGAGGCAACUAUACAAGCUGAAGGAAGCAGAAGUCGAUGGAGUCAUGGUCGAUGUCUGGUGGGGAAUAAUAGAAGCAAAAGGACCUAAGCAGUAUGACUGGAAGGCAUACAGGAGCUUAUUUCAGGCCAUUAAGGAUUGCGGCCUGAAAGUACAAGCAAUAAUGUCAUUCCAUCAAUGUGGUGGUAAUGUAGGUGAUGGUGUUUACAUCCCACUUCCUCAAUGGGUACUUCAAGAUGGAGAUUCAAACCCUGAUAUCUUCUAUACUAACAGACGCGGUACCAGGAACAAAGAGUACCUUACUCUUGGCAUUGAUAACGAACCUAUCCUUGGAGGGCGGACUCCCAUUCAGAUAUACAGUGAUUACAUGAAGAGUUUCAGAGAGAAUAUGUCAGAUUUCCUAGAUGCUGGCACAAUAGUUGACAUUGAAGUAGGUCUUGGCCCAGCUGGAGAGCUACGAUACCCUUCAUAUCCACAAAAUCAAGGAUGGAACUACCCAGGAAUUGGAGAAUUUCAGUGCUAUGACAAAUAUCUAAGAGAAGAUUUCAAAAAAGCUGCAACUGAUGCUGGCCAUCCCGAGUGGGAUGUGCCACAGAAUGCAGGACAGUACAAUGACAGACCAGAAUCAACAGAGUUUUUCAGAAACAAUGGGACAUACGUCACAGAAAGUGGAAAAUUCUUCUUGACUUGGUAUUCGAACAAGUUAUUGAUCCAUGGUGACCAAAUCCUAGAAGAAGCAACUAAAGCAUUCUGCGGCUGCAAAGUCAAGAUAGCAGCUAAAGUUUCUGGAAUACAUUGGUGGUACAACGAGGAAAGUCAUGCAGCUGAGCUGACUGCAGGGUACUACAACUUGUAUGAAAGAGAUGGCUAUCGACCAAUAGCAAGGAUGCUUUCUAGGCACUAUGGUGUUUUAGAUUUUACAUGUCUUGAGAUGAAGGACUCUGAGCAGCCUGGUUAUGCUGAUAGCGCCCCACAAGAGCUUGUGAAACAGGUCUUGAGUGGAUGCUGGAGAGAAAACAUAGAGGUAGCAGGUGAAAAUGCACUUCCAAGAUAUGAUCCCAAUGCAUAUGAUCAGAUGCUGCUGAAUGCUAGGCCAAAUGGGGUGAAUAGAGACGGUCCACCAAAGCUGAAGAUGUAUGGCUUGACAUAUCUUCGUUUGAACAAUCAACUACUCGAUGGGGGGAAUUUUGGAUUAUUCAAGACGUUUGUGAAGAAAAUGCAUGCUGAUCAGGAGUACUGUCCAAACCCGGAAAAUUAUGGAAGGUCUGUCAUUCCACUGGAGCAGUCAAAGCCGAAGAUACCACUGGAGGAACUUCUAGAAGCAACCAAACCACUAGGACCAUUACCCUUCAACAGUGAAACAGAUAUGAAAGUAUAAUUUGAGAAGUCUAUCUCAGUAAUAAAGUGAAGCCUGAGGCAGUUACAUUGCCAAACACAUUAACUGAUGUUUCCCAUUAUUAAGCUAAUAAGGAAACCCCAGAAACCCACUAUAGAUGGGAUCCUCACUGGGCGUUCUUGCUUUAUUGUUUUUCGUUGUUUCUGUUUUUUUUCGUUGUUGUUGUUGUCGUCGUUUUCAUUGUUGUUGUACUCCUGCUAAGGACACUUCUGCUAAUGUGAUAAAAAUCUAAUGUAAUGCUAAGGAUAAGGCAUACAAACAAGUUUCUGCUCAAC